AGAAAAACCAAAGAAGAAGAUGAAAAACCAGGGCACUUCCGUAUUGGCUUCACUUUUCGGACCCGGAGCAGAUCUUCUUCUUCUUAUUGUCUGGAAUUUAUUUCGGUUACAAAAUGAGUUGUUCAUCCAUGGGAUGUAAUAAUAGAUCCUCUAAGCGUUCCGGUGUUAGUUUUUUCCGAUUUCCUUUCUCCGACAGCAUCAGGCUGAGAACAUGGCUGUGGAACUUGAGGAUUAUGAACUGGAGCCCGUCCAUCAGUUCCCGUCUUUGCAGCGCACAUUUUGAGAAGGAUCAGUUCCUCGAAGACAAUGAGUAUAAACCCUUUAAGAAGGGCAAGAGGAGGCUGAAGCCCACCGCGGUGCCGACCAUUUUCACCUUUGAAGGCGAGAAGAAAAGAAAGGAAGUGAAGCCGUCGUCUCUUCGUCUUCGUCCUGCUGCUUCACCUUCAACACAAAACAUAGUCAAGAAGCCAGUCGCUGUGGUCCAGGGCGCAUCUGAGGACUUGAUCGAGGGAACGACAAGCAGAGGGUCCCAAACAUCUCCUCCCCGCACCCCCAAAAAACAGGAGCAAAUGUCAGUGUGGAGAGAUCACUGCUACUUCAUCUCAGAGUCCCCCAAAACUCUGAAGCGCAGAGCAGAGGCGGCGCGGCAACAGCUCGCUGUGGCUCACAAGAAGAUGAAGAUAAAGUGUCAGCAGACGAGGAGAAUGAGGUCCAGCCUCCUGGCGCUGAAGACGAAGGACACGGCGCUCAGGACCAGGUUGAAGGAAGUGGAAAAAGCCCUCGCUGCAUUCAGGAAGUAGAGGAGGUUCUGGGUUAAAAAGCCCAGUUAGGUUAGCUGAUUAAAAUGAGCCCAAUCUGAAUCAGAUGUAUUGGCAAGUUUUACAAAUAACUUGUUGUGGUGCAUAAGUUAACACAGUGCGGGAAACGAUAAGGGCCGCGUUGGAAUCCUGAGAUUAAAUUCUGAGUUCUGUGAAAAAAAUUGUGAAGUUUUUUUUCUGGAAAUCUCAGAAUUCUCUGUUCUGGUGAGUUUUCUAAAUCUUGUCACGUUUCCAAAUUUGUAAAAAAAAA